UUAUCAACGAUGGGCACAUACAAAAGAUAACAAAUAUGGCUGUCUGGUCCGGCGACAAAAUACUAAACUAAAACCCCGUGAUGUGGUUUCGCUCUAUUCUUUAGCUAGCUAGCCACCUUAAUCUGUGCCUUGCACUAAGUUGCUGCAUUAAACACUAUUUCUUAAUGUUUUCCAUCAACUUUUAACUGUAUUCACCCUAAAAAAACACCAAUGACGGCUCCGUACAGUUCCCAACCCUUCUUGUACAAGGUGGCGAUAUGCCUCUUCUUGAUAAGUAUUGGUAUGUGGAAUCCUAAUUUUCAAAUAUUUAUUGGUGUUGAAUGCUCUUCUGAAGAAGUUGUGAAAGGAAAAUCAUAUGACUAUGCAUCUUCAAUUGUUCAAAAUGAAUUUAUUGUAUCAUUUAAUGGCUAUUAUGAUGAAAAGCAAAGACAUACUUAUGUUGAGAAUGCACUUAAAAACUUUAAGAACAGCUCAUGGAGAGAAGUGCGUAGAACAAACCUGGCCUCUGACUUCCCAAGUGACUUCACAGUGCUGCAGAUACCUUUUGAUCCUGCUCAAAAAAUACAAGCUUUAAAAAAAGACAAAUUCAUUCGAUCUGUUACCCACCAAAGAAAAGUGACUAGACAGCUGAAGAAUGUUAAUCCAUAUCAUAUGGAUGCACAAAAUUGGUUCCCCAGAAAAUUAAAAAGAUCAAGUUUUGAUCCGUAUGCAGAAGAUUCUACUACUUCCCAUAAAUCGAGAAAAAUUUUGAGAUCUUUACCAAGACAGAUUACACAGGCUAUGCAAGCAAAUAUUUUGUGGGGUCUAGGAUAUCGAGGAAAGGGAGUAAAAGUUGCUGUUUUUGAUACUGGGUUACCCAAAGCCCAUCCACACUUCAAAAAUGUUAAAGACCGGAGUGAUUGGACUGACGAAAAAACACUCAGUGAUGGUGUUGGUCAUGGUACGUUUGUGGCAGGUGUGAUAGCCUCAGACCGUGAAUGUUAUGGUUUCGCACCUGAUGCUGACCUUUAUGUGUUUCGAGUUUUUACAAGCAAACAAGUCUCUUAUACUUCCUGGUUUCUUGAUGCUUUUAACUACGCGUUACUGAAAAAAGUUGAUAUAUUAAAUUUAAGUAUUGGUGGUCCUGAUUUUAUGGAUAAACCUUUUGUUGACAAGGUAUUUGAAUUAACAGCUAAUAAUGUUAUUAUGGUAUCUGCUAUUGGUAAUGAUGGACCACUUUAUGGAACUUUAAACAAUCCUGCAGAUCAAAUGGACGUUAUUGGUGUUGGUGGUAUCGAUUUUGAGGACCAGAUUGCAAAAUUUUCCUCUAGAGGAAUGACAACUUGGGAAUUACCAUAUGGAUAUGGACGAAUGAAGCCUGACAUUGUGACUUAUGGUGCUGGUGUUAGAUGCUCUAGUUUAAAGGGUGGCUGUCGUUCCUUAUCAGGCACUAGUGUUGCAUCACCAGUUGUUGCAGGAGCUAUAUCACUUUUGAUUAGUUCAGUGCUUCAUAAAAAAAUACAAAUCAAUCCUGCAAGUGUAAAACAAGCUUUAAUAUCUUCUGCUGUACGAGUACCAGAUGCAAACAUGUUUGAACAAGGACAUGGCAAGUUAGAUUUGAUAAAAGCAUACAGAGUACUAAGUACUUACACGCCUCAUGCAAGUGCAAGUCCAAGCUACAUUGAUUUAACAGAAUGUCCUUACAUGUGGCCUUACUGCACUCAGCCCAUUUAUUAUGGUGCCCUUCCUACUCUUGUUAAUGUUACCAUCUUAAAUGGCAUGGGUGUGUCAGGAAGAAUCAAAGGACAACCUAUAUGGGAACCAUUCAAGGGAGAUAAUGGCCAGUACAUUGAGGUUGCAUUUUCAUAUUCUGAAAAUUUAUGGCCAUGGGCUGGUUAUUUUGCGGUGCAUAUAACUGCCUCUAAAGACGCUGCGGAUUGGGAAGGUUUUGCCAAAGGAAUAAUUACAUUAAAUGUGACAUCACCUGCAAAGGCCGAAGGUGAAGAAGAACAGAUUUCAACAGUUUCAAUUCCUCUCAAAGUUAAAAUCAUACCAACUCCACCUAGAAACAAAAGAAUUUUAUGGGACCAAUUUCACAAUUUGAGAUAUCCUUCUGGUUAUUUUCCUCGCGAUAAUUUAAAUAUAAAGAGUGAUCCACUUGAUUGGAACGCUGAUCAUGUGCACACCAACUAUAGAGAUUUAUACCAACAUCUUAGGAAGCAAGGAUAUUUUGUUGAAGUAUUGGGUACUCCUUUUACAUGUUUUGAUGCCAAAGAAUACGGAGUUUUACUGCUAACUGAUCUAGAAGAAGAAUAUUUUGCGGAGGAAAUUCUUAAACUACAUUACGACAUAUUUAAAAACAAACUAUCAGUGAUAGUAAUUGCAGAGUGGUACAAUGUCGAAGUGAUGAAGAAAAUUCAAUUCUUUGAUGAAAAUACACGCCAGUGGUGGAUACCUGAAACAGGAGGUGCUAACCUACCAGCUAUGAACGAACUCAUGAAGUCAUGGGGGGUAGCAGUGACCAAUCAAGUUGUGAGAGGAACACUAGAUAUUGGUGGGAGAGAAGUACCGUAUUCUUCUGGUACCACCAUUGGUAAGUUUCCUGAAGAUGGUGCCUUAUUUCGUGCUUCGAAACUGGUUAGUCAAGCUGACGAAGUUGUGUUUGGUGAAAGCAAUACAAUCGCGGAUGUGCCAGUGCUUGGAUUCUAUAAUCCAAAGGAACCUCUUUCUGGAAGGAUUGUGGUUUAUGGCGAUUCUAAUUGUCUGGAUUCUGCUCACAUGGAAAAAGAUUGCUUUUGGCUGCUUGACCAUAUGUUGAACUAUACAUUAGAUGCGUCAGAAAUUCCUUCCUCUCUGCAAUUAUCAAGUGAUCCUGUUGAUCAGGAUUUGUUGAACAUUCCCUAUCGUCGUGAGGGUAACAAACUACACUUGUAUUCGAAAGUGAUCGAGAAGGACGGAGAUGAGUUAAAGACGAGACCUUUACCAACGUGUCCAUCAUUGAAGUGGAGUAAACCGCUUUUUAGAAAUGGAACUGCACCGCCAAACCUUUUUCCCGGGGUCACCAAAAAGCAGGAUCCGACGUAGAGCGUCUGAUGACCAAUAGCAAUGGUGGAUUGUUUGGACGUUCGGAGAUCCUCCUCACUUACAUGGCCGUAUUCUGCGUGCUAGUGUGUCUUUGCUGUAUCAUCCGAAGGAAGGUCAAAACAAAACAAAAUAUGGUGGUUAGAAAGCAAAGGAUCACAUUAGUGAAUUAUAUUUGAUUUAAUCUCAGAAGACGAAUUCACCUACACCAGCUUUAACGAAGGGAACGCUCUCCGUGUAGGCGAAGUUUUCGGUAGCCAAGACGUUCUCGUGCAGACAGUAGAAGCAGGUUGUAUUUAUUUUAGCAAAUUUAUAGUGGAAUUAUUUUAGUGGUUAACGGUGUUUUUAAUAAAUUUAUUUUAAAUUGUCAAAAGCCUAAAUGGGACCUCUAAAUUUUUUUUAUUUUUCGCAUGAAAAAUUUUUUAACCGAUAUGGUAAUAUUUCUCGUUUCAACGCCGAUCCUAAUGUCUAUGGAGCUUGUGACGCUUAAGUUGGCGCUAGGCGGAUUUUUCUUACGGAGGUGUUUGUGUCAAUGAAAGUUAAAUCGUUCAGUUAAGCCAGCCUCGGUUAAUUUUUCUUCUUGCAAAAACGCAUAUCUGUUCUGGUUCCGCAAAAUAUACAUAACUAAUGCCACAAUAAACAUGAAAACGAGGUUUAUUGUAAAUUAUUUAUGUUUCGUAGUGUAUUUUUCCGUUUUUAUCGUUCCGCUUUAUUGACGAGUGGGAAUGUUAUUACUUAUUGUAUAUAAAAAUGCAUUUAUAUGCAGUAGAAUUUUUAUAACUUA